UCUUCCCUUCCAGUGUGCGUUACGUUCCUGGGAAGAUUCUACCAGAGCCUAAAGGACAACGAUGUUGAGUUCACGCCUGCCAGUAUUGAAAAGGAGCUCUUGAAAUCCUGCAAAGAAGCAAAAGGCAAAGAGAACCGCCUGUGCUAUUAUGUUGGGGCCACAAGUGAUGCAGCCACCAAAAUCAUUAACGAGGUAUCAAAGCCCAUGAGUCAUCACAUCCCCGUGGAAAAGAUCUGUGAGAAACUAAAGAAGAAAGACAGUCAGAUCUGCGAACUAAAAUACGAUGACGUACUCUUCCUGAAAAGACUAAUAUGAAGAACAGUCUUGGAAAUACCUCCUUCUGGCUGCUUUCCUAUCUCUCUGCCCUUACAUUCCCCGGAGACACCCCUUGGAUUGUGGGUCUUCAUACUUCUCAUUUCUCGUACUAAUGUCCUGUUGCUUCCUAAAAAGCUUUUUGUCGUUGUCACUUGCUUAUCUUUUUCUUCCGAAAUCACUCUGCUACCUUUUAUUUAUCCAGUGGAAGAGAGAAUUAAAGCAUUGCUGCUCAUAU